GAUCAACGAGCCUGCGCUGGCUGUCUCAAGGUUGGAAUGAUACCCUCUACGAUCUCUGCUGAAGCCAUUCUCUUCGAUCUGGAUGGAACCCUGAUAGAUUCGACACAGGGUGUGUUUAAUGCUUGGGAGGAAUUCGGAAAAAGACAUCCUUUCAUCGACGACCUCGGCUGGAGGGAUGUGGCGCAUAAGACCCAUGGACGGCGGCUGGUCGAAACGCUGAAGCACUAUUGCAACAUCCCGGACGAUGAACUACAGCAAGCGGUUUAUGAGUUUGAAGAUAUCGUCAUAGAUCACGGUGGCGGACCUGAAGUGCUGCCUGGUGUACCUCAAUUGUUGAGCGAGCUCAAUCGAAUCAUACCCGACGGAUGGACUAUUGUAACCUCUGCUUCUAGCAGAUACGCAUCAGCUGCUCUUACCAGGUGUAACUUGCCUGUUCCAAGUAAAGGUUUCGUCACUGCGGAUGACAUAGCACCCGGACAGGGGAAACCCAAUCCUGCUCCGUAUCUCGCAGGUGCUCGUAGGAUUAGCAGCGAGGAUGAUUUCAUUACUAAAUGUCUUGUCAUCGAAGAUGCUCCAUCAGGUCUCACCGCAGGACGGAGGGCCGGUGCUGCUACGCUUGCAGUUUGCACCAAUCAUACCCGUGAAUUCUUAGAGACUCGGGCCGGUGACGAGAAGCCCGAUUUCGUCGUGGAUAACCUCGAGCACUUAAUUGUCCAAGUUCUUCCAUCGGGAGGCUUGUCGUUAACCAUCGACUGAGCAAGCGCGAGCUCUUUGGUGCCAAGCCUGGAGCAAUUACACCAUGACACAUGAACGACAUUCACAAUCACUAGGUUGGCGAAUGUCUAUUUAUGAGUAAAUACAAUCUGCCCUUGAAAUAUUUCUACGUUCAAAGUAUUCUCUUAAGUUCCUUCUGGGAUUUAAGUGGUCGUUUCCUCCCCAUCUGCCAUGGCAUACAGUACAUCUUCGUCGCCGCUCUGAUCGACGAGGGCACGAAAACUUCCCCGCUCGUUCUGAAGUAGUUCUUUGGGACUCCCAAACUCGACCUAUUAAAGUAUGUAGUCAGCCAUGACGAAGUUAGUGUGCUUGUUCGACGCACAAUUCUUCCCGCGUCAAGUACCAUAAUUUUGUCAGCGUCCAUGAUAGUCUGCAGACGAUGCGCAAUGAUCAGCUG